GUUUGUUCCUGGCCCUAGAGCGUCACUGUUGCCCCCUUCUCUCGCCAUGUUCUCCCGUUAAAAUCUUCUCCAUUUCUUCCGUUCUUAUAUUUGGGAUUUAAAUUAUAAAUCGCUACGUUUAAGUUAUACUUUUAACAACUAAGUCAGGAUGACAAAUGUGUCCUAUCACAUCUCCAACCUACUGGAGAAAAUGACAUCUACUGACAAAGAUUUUAGGUUCAUGGCCACCAAUGACCUGAUGAUGGAGCUGCAGAAGGACUCCAUCAAGCUGGACGAGGACAGCGAGAGGAAGGUGGUGGCCAUGCUGCUCAAGCUGCUGGAGGAUAAGAAUGGAGAGGUGCAGAACCUGGCGGUCAAGUGUUUAGGCCCCCUGGUCAGUAAGGUAAAGGAGUACCAGGUGGAGACCAUGGUGGACACGCUGUGCUGUAACAUGAUGUCGGAGAAAGAGCAGCUCAGAGACAUCUCCAGCAUGGGCCUGAAGACCGUCAUCGCUGAGCUACCCGCCUCCUCCACAGGCUUGACUCUGACUGCCAGUGUGUGUAAAAAGAUCACCUCCCAGCUGAUGGGUGCUCUGGGGAAACAGGACGAUGUGUCUGUCCAGCUGGAAGCCCUGGACAUCCUGUCUGAUAUGCUGGCCAGGCUGAGCGGCCCCCUGGUGAGCUUCCACCCCUCCAUCCUGAGCAGCCUGCUGCCCCAGCUGACCAGCCCGCGGCUGGCCGUGAGGAAGAGGGCCAUCAUCGCCCUGGGCCACCUGGUGCCCAGCUGCAGCCCCGCCCUCUUCACCCAGCUGACCGAGCACCUGCUGUCCGAGCUGGCCCGGGGCCCGCCCACCUCCGCCACCCGCACCUACAUCCAGUGCCUGGCAACUGUCAGCCGGCAGGGCGGGCACCGAGUGGGAGAGCACUUGGAAAAGAUCGUCCCGAUGGUGGUGAAGUUCUGCAGUGUGGAGGAUGACGAGCUCAGGGAGUACUGCUUCCAGGCUUUUGAAGCCUUUGUGCGCAGGUGUCCGAAGGAGAUGUCGCCUCACAUUUCCACUGUCAUCAAGCUGUGCCUGAAGUACAUGACCUACGACCCCAAUUACAACUACGAUUCUGACGAUGACCAGGAGGACUCCAUGGAGACCGAGGACGGGGAUGAUGAAGACCAAGAGUCAGAUGACGAGUACAGUGAUGACGAUGACAUGAGCUGGAAGGUGCGCCGGUCCUCGGUGAAGUGCCUGGAGGCCGUGAUCGGGAGCAGGCGGGACCUCCUGCCCGAGCUGUACGGCUCUGUGUGCCCCGCCCUGGUCGCCCGCUUCAGGGAGCGCGAGGAGAAUGUGAAGACCGACAUCUUCCUGGCCUUCAUCUCGCUGCUGAAGCAGACCGCCGUCACACCCGGGGCCAAGGAAGACCCCUCGCUCUCCCUGCUCAAGAGCCAGGUUCCCACGGUGGUGAAGGCUCUGCACCGGCAGCUGAAGGAGAAGAGCAUGAAGUGCCGGCAGGGCUGCUUCUCCCUUCUCACCGAGCUGGCCAACGUGCUGCCGGGCGCCCUGGGAGACCACAUUCCCGCGCUCAUCCCCGGCAUCCUGUACUCCCUCACAGAUAAGUCCACAUCCUCCAACAUGAAGAUCGAUGCUCUGUCAUUCCUCCACGUUCUUCUGUGCAACCACUCGGCGGGGGUCUUCCACCCUCACAUCCGGGUCGUCCUCCCGCCAGUGGUUGCGUGCGUGGAGGACCCCUUCUACAAGAUCACCUCCGAGGCCCUGCUGGUCACCCAGCAGAUGGUGAAGAUCAUGAGGCCCGUGGAGGAGGUUCCAUCCCCCGCCUUCGACGCCAAACCCUACGUGAAGGACCUUUUCUCCGUGACCCUGAAGCGGCUGAAGGCGGCGGACAUCGACCAGGAGGUGAAGGAGAGGGCCAUCUCCUGCAUGGGCCACAUCAUCUGUCACCUGGGAGACCAGCUGGGCCAGGACCUCCAGCCAACCCUGCAGAUCUUCCUGGAGAGGCUGAAGAACGAGAUCACCAGGCUGACCACGGUGAAGACCCUGACCCAGGUGGCCGGGUCUCCCCUCAGGAUCGACCUGAGGCCCGUGCUGACGGAGGGAGUCCCCAUCCUGGGCUCCUUCCUGAGGAAGAACCAGCGGGCCCUGAAGCUGAGCACCCUGACCGCCCUGAGCGUGAUCGUGCGGAACUACAGCGACGGCCUGAAGCCCCCCGCCAUGGAGCCCGUGCUCGUGGAGCUGCCGGCGCUGAUCGGCGAGAGCGACAUGCACGUGUCCCAGGUGGCCCUGGGCCUGCUCACCUGCAUGGCCAGGGUCUGCCCUCCCUCCCUGGCCAAGAUCGGCAGCUCCAUCCUGCCGGAGGUCUUCGCCCUGGUCCACUCUCCCCUGCUGCAGGGCGGCGCGCUGGCGGCCAUCUUGGAGUUCUUCCAGGUGCUCGUGGUGAUCAAGGCAAGCAACACGGGUUACCAUGAACUCCUGAAAGCUUUGACAGGCCCUUUCUACGGGUCCCAGCGGGCCCCGGACCCCAUGCUCUUGCACAGGCAGUCGUACUACUCUGUGGCCAAGUGUGUGGCCGCUCUCGCGUCAGCGUGCCCCAAAGAAGCUUCCGGAACGAUCGCAAACCUCAUCCAGGAGGUCAAGAGCACCCGGUCGUCGGAGCCGGCGAGGAUUCUGUCCUUCCUCUGCUUGGGAGAGGUGGGUCGCUCCAUGAACCUGGGCGGCCAGAAAGAGCUGAAGACCAUUAUCCUCGAGGCCUUUUCCUCCAGCAACGAGGAGGUCAAGUCGGCCGCCUCCUGCGCCCUGGGGAACAUCUGCGUGGGCAACCUGGAGGAGUACCUGCCCUUCAUGCUGAAGGAGAUCGGCAGUCAGCCCAAGAGGCAGUACCUGCUCCUCCACUCCCUGAAGGAGGUGAUCAGCGCCUCCACGGCCGAGAGCCUCAAGCCCCAUGUGGAGGAGAUCUGGGCCCUGCUCUUUAAGCACUGCGAGUGUCCAGAGGAGGGCACCCGAAACGUCGUGGCCGAGUGUCUGGGAAAGCUCACCCUGGUCAACCCCUCUCAGCUCCUGCCCCGCCUCAAAAAGCAACUGUCCUCAGGGUCCCCUCAUGCCCGCAGUACCGUGGUAACAGCCAUUAAGUUCACCAUCGUGGACCAGCCACAGCCCAUCGACGCCCUGCUUAAAGGCUGCAUAGGGGACUUCCUGAAGAUGCUGCAGGACCCAGACCUGAACGUGCGGCGCGUGGCCCUAGUGAUGUUCAACUCAGCCGCCCACAACAAGCCCACCCUGAUCCGCGGUCUGCUGGGGUCCGUGCUGCCCCACCUCUACACCGAAACCCAGAUCAGGAAAGAGCUCAUCCGCGAGGUGGAGAUGGGACCCUUCAAGCACACUGUGGAUGACGGCCUAGACGUGCGGAAGGCGGCGUUCGAGUGCAUGUACACCCUGCUGGACAGCUGCCUGGACUGUCUGGACAUCUUCCAGUACCUGAACCACGUGGAGGAGGGGCUGAAGGACCACUACGACAUCAGGAUGCUGACCUUCAUAAUGCUGGCCAGACUCUCGUCUCUGAGCCCCAGCGCCGUUCUGCAGAGACUGGACAGACUGGUGGAGCCGCUGAGAGCCACGUGCACCUCUAAGGUGAAGUCCGGCUCGGUGAAGCAGGAGUUCGAGAAGCAGGAGGAGCUCCGGCGCUCCGCGAUGAGGGCCGUGGCGGCCCUGCUGUCCAUCGGCGAGGUGGAGAAGAGUCCCGCCAUGGCCGACUUCGCCAGCCAGAUCCGCUCCAGCCCGGAGAUGUCCUCCAUCUUCGAGAGCGUCCAGAGGGACACCCCCUCCUCCUCCUCCUCCUCCGCCUGUGGCCCCUCGGAGGCCAUGGACACCAGCUAAACUGGGGGCCCCGCAAGGGGGCCUGCAAGGGCCCCGUCCUUCCCACUCUUAAACUUCUCAUGAGCCCAAUUAUUUAUGUUAUGUGACCUUUUGGUUUUGAGUCGUGACGAGCGACCAUUGCACACUGCACGUAUCCUUGAGCCUGGUGUAGGAAUAACCACCAUUUUGUGGAUACGGUGGUUUACGAGAGGAAAAAAACUGCCCAGCACACCAACCCAGCAGGAAUGCAGUGGCACAACACCGCACCCAAACACUCAAAGUUCUCCAGCCAAACCUCCAUCCCACCUGUUCUUACAAUGUCAUUCAUUUUCUCUGAAAAUGACACCUGUACCCCCAUUAAACCAGCUACAGUUACCAGUGUGCCUG